AUGAAAUUGCUAAAAUCUCAAUGGGUUACCGGAACUGCAAUGAUACAACAUAUCCGAGAAGCAUCUCUCAGGUCAAAAGUCAAAAAAAUCAAUCCAUGGGAACUAUAUGAACCGAUGAUAAAGAAUACAAAAGUUUAUCCUGAAUAUCCAACGUUAACACUUCAAUUGGAUUCGAUGGAUUUUGUACCACUUGAAAAAUUUCAUAGUUAUGCGCACAGAAAAGCACGUCAAUUCAAAUUCAAAGUGAUCGAUAGGUAUGGUUUUAUAUUGAUUCCAGCUAAAGAUCAAAAUUUCAGUAUUAAAUACGAUGAUUAUCUAAGGAUUUAG